AUUUUGCACCCUUUUCUCCAUGCUUUCACACUUCAAUUCCUUUUCCCAAGUAAAGUGGAAAACACCAUCCCACUAAUACCAAAAUAAACCCAACAUACCAUUUGCUUAGAGAAAGCAAAAGUUUAAAGGAGAACAAAAAUGGUGUUUCCUUAAAGGGUUAGCAACUAAUCCCAUAGAUCUGUGGCUCAAAAUCCUUAAACUUUUUCUAUUAAAGUAAUUAGCUUUAUCCUUCUACAGUUCUUUAGAGAUGGUUGUAAAAGAUUAGGUUUUUUUAUUAUUAAGCAUCUCUCACUUGUAGUUAUUUUAGUGAUUUUAUUACCAUAAAGGGGCUUCUUUCCAAUUCUUGACAGACAAAUUUGGGUUUUUGAGCUUGUUAUAUCAAGUUUAAAGAAUUAAAAAAGUUGAUUCUUUUUUGUGUAAAGAUGAUUCAAUUGUUGUUUAUGGUUCUUUGUUUGGAGGGUAUGGUAGCAUUUCUUUUAAUGGUGAAGAUUGGGCCACUGAGGGAACUGGUGAUGAAGUUUUUGGAUCAGGUGAAAAUGAGAAAGGGUACCGUUUUAACUAUUGCUGGUACUAUAUCAGCAAUCUUAUUUUCCAACUUUAUUAGUAUAAUCAAGAUUCAGAAUAAGGGAGCUAAGCUUGGUACAAUGACACCAAUGGAUCAGGUUUUGUGGAGAACCAAUUUGCUAGAGGCUACUCUCAUGGGGUUUUUGCUGUUUCUUGGAUUCUUAAUUGAUCGUAUGCACCAUUACCUUCGGAAACUGAUAGUAUUGAGGAAUACUGCGGGAUCUUCAAAGAAAGAAUUUGAAAGGCUUGAGAAAGAAAAGUUGCAGCUUAAGGAGAAGGCAGAUAAAGCUGCUGAGGAAAUGAAACUAUCGCAGAAAGAAAUCUCUAGUUUAAAAGAGACAUUGAAGAAGGUUAAGUUGGAGUCGGAGGAGAAAGACAAACGAGUUGAAACUGCGGAAGCUUAUGUUACUGCUCUCCAAAAACAAGCAGCAGAUCUACUUUUAGAAUAUGACCGUCUAUUAGAAGACAAUCAAAAUCUUCAGAAUCAAGCUCAUGGUUAUCGGAGUUGAGAAAAUAGACAAAACCCAUUGGUUCAAAUCACUACCCUAUAACGUUUUUAUAACUGGCUGUGUUGACUGAAGAUUUUGUGCCCGUAUGUCUUGGCCCUUCUUUUAGCAGAAGGGAUUUUGGGAAUGUUGUUAAUUAUUGAGAUCUUGUAAUAUUGUUUUUCAGGUAUAGACAUUGUUAAAAUUCACGACC